AUGGCGAGGAGCGAGCCGUUUCAUCCCUCGUUUCUGUGCGCCUGUAGAGUGGCGCGCAGACGGGGGACUCAGACGCGUGUCUUUUCUUCACCCGCGUCCUCCGCGGCCUCGGCGUUCCGGACCGAAUGGGCAACGUUGUCAUCCUCGGCGAAUGAAUCCGAGCCUCCUCCUCCCACGGGGUGUUUGCCCUCUGCUCGACACCGUCGGUGCGGCUUCCCGAGGGCGUAUCCAUCCGCCCUUUUCUCAGUUUUCUCACUUCGUCUCUCGCCGUUCCCCUCUGCGACUCGCCACUUCCAUUCUUCUUGCUCUUCUCCUUGCGCGGGCUUGACGGCAUGGGUGAAGCCCCGCGGGCAAAGUCCGUCUUCUCCUUCUUCUUCCUAUCCGCUGGUGUGUUUGCGCCCCGAGGAUGCUUUGACGCUCUGCGCCGCAUCUCGGUGUCAUUCGUGGACGACUCGUUUCUCUCAGGCUAGUCUCUCCGGCGUGCUUCGUCCCCAACUGGAGUGCCCCACGAGCUCUCCGCGGAGAGGCCAAGUUGCUUCCUCGUCGACGGCCUUUGAGUCGCUUUUGGCGGCCGUCGUAAGUGGGAAUUUGUCGUCACCUUCGUCUCCUGGCGGAACGUUCCGUUUCUCGUCAACGCCAUCCGUCUUCGAUGUGGGUCCGCCGCCUGCGGCGCGUCGUCAUGCGUUCUUCGGCCGUCGCGCCUCCCACUUCCGCCCGUCCUCUCGUUCUUUGUCGCCCGCUUCAGUCUUUGACUCAAGGGCGGCCCUCGACGACGGCGACAGCAGCAGCGACGACGAACGCGCAGCGGCGUCAGCGCUGUAUGGCGCCCUUGGUCACCCCGCGGGCCCUAGCAGGAAGAACGCCGGCGACGAGGCGCGUGACGACGCAUUCCGUCUCAGACCUGGCACUGCGAUGGAGACAGGCGAGAACCACUCUAGUAGUUGGUAUGAGGGAAGACGCGCGCAGCCCAGCGAAAAAGAUAGGAUGAGAAAAGCUGUCGGCGAUACUGCGGUGCGGCGUAUGCUGGAGAAGGAAGAUCUUGUGCGUGAAGGGGUUAUGAUGAGGAGACGCAGUGAAGGCCCAGAGCGAAGCCAAGGGCAGGGACGAAGAGAGACCGACGACGCCCACGACGAAAAUAUCGCGCCUCUCCUCGGUGCCUUUGCGGCGAUACAGCAGAGGCCGCGGAAGAAAGGACGUGGGGACCGCAGGUCAGACGCUGGCGAAAAUCUUGACUCACACCCUCUGCCACGGAACGCAGUCAUGCCCGAAACCGGGCCUCUGGGCUCCCACCCGUCGUCAGGCCACUGUCCGUUUUCGGAUGGCGCCUCACGCCCGUUAUCAUCGGGUCGUGAGGCGGAGACAGAGUGGCAGGCAAGUGACGAUACGUCCGCGGCCGCUUCGCAUACGUCAGGGAGCCGUUCUUCGUCCUCAUUCUCUCCGGCGGCGCAGCCCUCGCCGGGCCGGCGCGCUUCUGUGGAGGCGUCGGCUUCCGCACUGGGGUCGCGGUUUGACGUGUUUGUGGCUCCGUCCGUCUUUGAGGCUCUGACGAGCGAGAUGUGUCGGCUGGAAGCUCUUAUGUUGCCAGGGACCGAAGAUCAGGCGGGCAUGCAGCGGUUUCUGUCGCAGCUCCAAGAUCUGCUGAACGGCGUCCUCGACGCGUGUGUCGUGACGCCUUUCGGAUCCGCUGUUAACGGACUGUGGACUCCCCAGAGCGACUUGGACGUUUGCGUGCAGGUUCGCGAUGCGUCGACGCGCGCGGGUCAGAUCAAGGUGUUGCGGCAGAUUGCUCAUGCUCUGCAGCCUGUCUUAACUCACCUUAUCGAGCCUCGCUUCCAAGCGCGAGUCCCUAUCAUUCACUGGACCCCCAGAUUCUCACACACUUUCAAAGGCGUGGGCGCGCUGUCUGGCCGGUCUUACCGCCAUCCAGUCUUUCGUUCCCUGCUUGGAACGACGUGCGACGACCGCCGAGACAAACUGGCAGACGGUGGUGACGUUGCCGCGGGCGGUGGCCGAGGACGGGCUCCGUCCAGGGACUGUGAAAGGGAAAGGAAUUCACAGAUGGUGUCCUGCGAUAUAAGCGUGAACAAUUUACUAGCUGUUGUCAACAGCAAGCUUCUGGGGGCAUAUGUAGGAAUUGAACCCAGACUCCGAACGCUAGGAUACGCUGUCAAACUGUGGGCAAAAGGAAGAAAUAUAAACGACCGAUCUCGAGGGACUGUUUCGUCUUUCUCCCUCGUGCUCAUGCUGAUCCAUUUUCUUCAAAACAAUGUCCAACCCUGUGUGCUGCCUUCUUUACAAGAUAUGGCCAUACGCCAGCGCCUUCCCCCGGUGUAUAUUGGUGGCGUCGACUGUAGGUACACUGCUGAUCCUGAGGCAGUGAAAAAGGAAUUGGAGUUUCUACGUGGCGGUGCACCGCCCAAUACAGAGACCGUUGGGGAGCUUCUCCUGCAGUUCUUUCGGUACUUUGGCUACGAGUAUAGAGGCGGGGUUAUUGCCAUCCGUGAUAUUUCGCAAUUUGCUCUCUCGCCUAGUCAACCAAACAUCGACAGGUGGGGUGCCGACCUUGCGAACUACAGGGCUGCUUCGUUAUUCCGAGAUAGAAGGUCAAAUGCAGCUUCGACAAGGCGAGCGUUGCUGCCCCAGAGGCUACAUGGCCGCGGCGGAGAUGGUGUUGAGGAUGACGAAGCAACUGGCAUUGCGUCGUUUGCAUCUGAUUUUGCUGGAAGUGGCAAGGGUGGGACGGUAGGCGAUGGUGAUAUUUUCGAUUCACCAUCAGCUUCGCUUAGAGAUGCAGAUCUUCAUAGCACUGGGGGUGACUACCUCGUUGUUGACAAUCCUUUCGAAGUCGGGAAGGAUGUCUGCAAUGUCUUGCCAUGUCAGUACCAAAGGAUCCGCCACGAGUUCAAGCGCGCAUUUCGCAUGCUCGCGGAUGGGGCUUCGUUUCGGCAGGUUGCCGCGCCCGAUGGGAGAACCACUGUGCGGUUGUGA